AUGUCGACUGUUCUUCCACCCCCAAGCAAGAGGCAGAGAACCGAUGCUUCAGAGAGAGCAAGAGCACAGCAAGACAUUGAGGAAAUACCUAGUGACGCUGGAAGUCUCCGGUUACAAUUCUACGACGAAACCACAGGCCUUCCCAUUGGUAAUGGCCCAGUUCUCGUACCCGUCGCAGAUGCAGAUCCCAAGAACUUGGAGCUGUUGCUCAAUACUCUGCUGGGACAUGACUCGUCCGAAUAUAUCCCAUAUCGCUUUACCUUACCUGUGCCUGAUAAAAAGUCUUCAGAGAAGAUCACCACCGCAUAUCCAACAAAUAUCUAUAAAACCUUAAUAACACCAGGACUGAUAAGUACGGAGGAGGUCCAGAAUAUUUCAGCAGCGCCACAAGCAGUAUUCAAAGUUCAGGCAGUUUCGAGAUGUGCUUCUACAAUACCCGGCCAUGGCGAAGCUAUUCUAGCAACCCAAUUUUCCCCAAGAACUUCCUCGAGAAUGGUUAGUGGCAGUGGAGAUAACACUGCGCGGAUAUGGGAUUGUGAUACAGGAACUCCGGUGCAUACAUUGAAAGGACACACAAGUUGGGUCUUGGCUGUUAGUUGGUCGCCUGAUGAGUCGAGAAUUGCAACGGGAAGUAUGGAUAACACUGUUAGAAUGUGGGAUCCUAAGACUGGAAAGCAAUUAGGUAACCCCAUGAAGGGCCAUACAAAAUGGGUUACAAGUCUAGCUUGGGAACCGUACCAUGUUCAGAAAGCUGGAGAGCCUAGACUAGCUUCAGCCUCGAAAGAUGCCACUGUCAGGGUAUGGUCGACUAAUCAGCAGAAAAUCGAAUUGGUUCUAAGUGGCCAUAAGGGCUCAGUAUCAUGUGUCAAAUGGGGAGGAACUGGAUUCAUAUAUACCGCAUCUCACGACAAAACGGUCAAAGUAUGGAAUGCCAAAGAUGGAACUCUUGCACACUCGCUCAGUGCUCAUGCGCAUUGGGUCAAUCAUCUCGCACUAUCUACAGACUUUGUCAUGCGGACCGCCUAUUUCGACCACACUGGCAAGAUCCCCGCAACCGAGGAAGAAAAGGUCAAAAAAGCCAACGAACGAUUCCUCAAAGCGUCUCAAAUCCAAGGUGAAAUCGUGGAACGCCUCGUCUCUGCCAGCGACGACUUCACCAUGUAUCUCUGGGAACCUGCGAAGCAGACAAAGCCCGUCGCAAGAAUGUUGGGCCAUCAAAAACAAGUCAAUCACGUCACAUUCUCACCCGAUGGUCUACUGAUCGCAUCAUCUGGGUUUGACAACCAUACCAAAAUCUGGAACGCCCGCGAUGGAAAAUUCAUAAAUACUUUGAGAGGUCAUGUAGCUCCUGUAUACCAGUGUGCGUUCAGUCCCGAUUCGAGACUAUUAGUGACGGGUAGUAAAGAUACCACGCUAAAAGUAUGGGAUAUGAGAACGCACAAGUUAGCUGAAGAUCUACCGGGCCAUAAAGAUGAAGUGUAUGCCGUAGACUGGAGUCCCGAUGGACAAAAAGUUGGAAGUGGUGGAAAAGAUAAAGCUGUCCGUAUUUGGCGGCAUUAG